AUGUUGUCAUUUCUAAAGCUAGCUAAAGAACAGCCUGCUAUGAUUAGCACCCUUUCAACAAUUACAAGCUUACCUGUUCCAGGUAAACCUAUAACGGAACAUUUACAAUCACUUGUACUAAAGGUUCCAGCAGUGUUG